AGCGCGCGGGGCGCGUCGAGGAGCGCGGGAAGGACGAAAAUGGCGGCGGAAUGAGGAGGGGCCGCUGAGCCGUGGUUCCUGCAGAGCUCCCUCCCGGGCUGCCCCUGCCCUGCACCCCAGGAAAUCCCCCCUCCUGGCCUGGCAGCUUCCAGGCAGCUUUUGGGGCUCCCUGCAGCCAUGGAAGCGCUGGAUCCCCGAUUCCUGCACCUGCACCAGCCCAUCCGGGACCUCACCAAGAACUGGGAGGUGGACGUGGCCUCCCAGCUGGGGGAGUACCUGGAGGAGCUGGAUCAGAUCUGCAUCUCCUUUGACAACGGGAAAACCACCAUGAACUUCAUGGAGGCUGCGCUGCUGAUCCAGGGCUCUGCCUGCAUCUACAGCAGGAAGGUGGAACACCUGUACAUACUGGUCUGCCAGGCACUGGACUGCAUCUCCAACAAAAAGAGGCAGAGGCUGCCCUGCUCCCUGGGCCCCGACGGCCGCGACGCCGACGCCUCCUUCCCCGACACGGAGCUGGAGCUCCUGUCCCUGGAUGACAUCCCAGAGACCAGCCAGGCCCAGGUGGACACCAGGAGCAAUCAUCAUUCUGCUGCCGUGACCAUCGUUCCCCUGACCCCGAUGUCCCUGGAGGCCCCGGACGAGGGGGAGAAGGAGGAGGGUCCCCUGAUGAGCCGGCAGGGGGAGGUGCUGGCCGGCCGCCGCGAUUUCCGCAUGAACGUCUCGGCCCAGCACGCCUCGGGCACCUUCCUGCAGGAGCCGCCCGGGCCCGCGCUGUGCCCCGCCCGCCACCAGGAGCCGCCCCCGGGCGCGGCCGCAGCAGCUCCAGGACCCGAGCCCAGCGCUGGCUCCAUGGUGGCCGUGGUGAGGGCACUGAGCUUCACUGAGGAGGCAGGUGCUGCAGGGCCUGGUGAUGAUGAGGAUGAUGACGUUCCUGGGGCUCUGGGGGAUGACAUGGACGUGACUCUGGUCCCUGAGGAACACGUCGAGGCUCAGAGGAUCACGCCCCAGGCCCGGGGGUACAUCCUGCGAGAGAGAGCCCCCAGGCAGGACCCCCAGCCCCUCAGCAAGGAGGAGCCAAAUCCGUGGGAGAGCCUCGACCCCUUUGGAGACUGCGAGGAGAAGCCCUUCAAGAGAGGCAGGCCCUUCCUGGUGCCACAGGGCCUGGAUGGCAUCGUUGGGGGCAAGAGGAAGAGGAGGGGCCCCAGGAAGCUGCAGGAUUUCAUGAGAUGGUUCUCUGCAGCCUACAACAACGUCACGGAGGAGAAAAGCAGGAGGAAGGGCCCCAGCUUUGCAGACCUGGAGCUGCUCUACUGGCGCCACUUCAAGGAGCGGCAGGCGGCGCACAGGAAGCUGCGGAGCGCCCGGGAGCUGCGGUGGGAGCAGGAGCAGGAGCCGGAGCUGGAGCAGGAGCUGGAGCUGGAGCAGGAGCUCAGGGCCGACAGCGAGGAAGGGGCAGGUGAUGACUUUGUGGAGCACGAGGACGUGGAGCCCGAGGUGGCAGAGGAGCUGGGGGAAGGGUCCCUGGGCCCCCCUGAAUUUGGGUACGAGGAGCUGGUGCGCAGGAAUGUGGAGCUGUUCAUGGCCAGCUCUCAGAAGUUCGUGCAGGAGACGGAGCUGUCCCGGCGCAUCCGGCUCUGGGAGGAGCACGUGGGGCCUCUGCUGCAGGAGCAGGAGAGCCGUGCCCCCUUCGACGUCCGAGCCUACGGCGCGGCGCUGACCGCGCGCUGUGCCGAGCCGGGCCGGUGGCACUCCCUGGCCAGCCUGGUGGCCGGCCAGCCCCCGUUCGAGGUGUGCCGCUACCUGCUGGCCUCGCUGCAGCUGGCCAACGACGCGGAGGUGGAGCUGGCGCAGGACGCGGGGCUGGAGGCGGCGCUGGACACGGCGCGGCUGCGGCGCCUGGCGGCGCGCCCGGCGCACGAGAGGUUCCAGAGCUUCCAGCUGCCCUCCCAGAGCCAGCCCGGCCCCAAAUAAACCCCUCCUGGAUAAGGAAAGGGAAAGGCCUCUGCCGCAGGGGAUGGC